AUGAUCCCAGUUCAGAGACCCCGGAGCCUCCUGCCGCCUGCACCGAGCGAGCGGGUAGAGCAAGCGGCGAGUGGGGAGGGCGAGUGGGGAGAGCGCCCCCUCCCCACGGGCCCAGCGGAAGCCCAAGCCCGGCCCCGACUCCUGCCGCCUGCACCGAGCGGGGAGAGCGAGCGGCGAGAGCGCCCCCUCCCUGCGGGCCCAGCCCAAGCCCGAGCCACGGCCAAGAAGGGUGGUGAGAGCGCAACCCAGCGGGGAACAAAGCAAGCGCGGGAAAGCCAGCAGUGGGCGGGGCCAGUUGGGGAAGGGGCGGGGCCCGAGGAUAGAGAUAUCGCUUUGCAAAGCGGCUGCAGUCGAGUAGUGCGCGCGAAGCGCAGUAGCGACUCUUUGGGUGUUUUCCGAAAGGGGUGCGGGGCGCUUUUCCGCGUGCGUGGAAGACAAAAGAGCUUCGGUGUCCUCGGGCGCAAAGCGGGGAACGGGCGAAGCGAUUCCCCUUCGCUUUCCAUGGCUGCGGCACAGCGAGCGAGCUGCGUCUCCUGCAAAAUCUUCCUUUUCGCUCUGCUGGAGGUCCUGCCUGCCUUUGCUGAGAUCCACUGCAGUAGCCAGCAAGGGUGUACUCAGCAGGGAACCAGUUGGACAAGCUUGUGGUAUGUCUGGCUCAUCCUGCUCACAGUGUUUCUGCUGCUGCUGUGUGGCAUAGGCGCCAGCUGUGUCCGGUUUUGCUGCCGUAAGAAGAGGCCCCCGAUUCAGACUUUUCCGCCUCAUGCCCACGACCUCACCAUCAUCCCCAUGGACCACGACAGCACCGCCCACAGUACCGUCACCUCUUACAGCUCUCUGCAGUAUCCUCAGAACCUCCCACUUCCCCUCCCCUUCAGAGAGGUGGAUAGGAGUAUGGCAAGCCCUCCGGCAUACAGCCUCUAUGCCAUUGAAAUGCCGCCAUCUUACGAUGAGGCCAUCAAGAUGGCCAAGCCCUGCACUGAGACUCCAGUUGUUGUCCAGAAACUGGACAGCUGCACCUUGGAACCAACAGACCCUGAGGAACGAAGUCAGCCACAGACGGCGCCGGAAGCGUCGUCAAACGACAACCCUGAGACGUCGUCAAACGACAACCCUGAGACGUCGUCAAACGACAACCCUGAGACGUCGUCAAACGACAACCCUGAGAUGUCGUCAAACGACAACCCUGAGACAUUGUCAAACGACAACCCUGAGACAUUGUCAAACAACAAUCCUGAGACGGUACAAGAAGGCCCUGGGGUUCCAGAAGCUUCCACAGAAGAGCAGCCACAACCGUAGCCCCCAGUGGGAAGAACUGUUGGGCAUGAGAAACCUGACCUUGUAUGUACUUCGUUAGCCUGGAGAGAGUCAGAAGAGACCUGUUACACGGAAGGAAUGUCUGCUGCCGGUUGUUACAACUUUCCAUUGACGUUUCAAGGGUACCGAAGGGAACGGCAGGUUAAAAAUACCGCUCUCUGCAUGCGAGGGUGAAAAACGAUGCUCUGGACUUAACAUGGCAGUGGGGAAGGGGGUGGAGGGGGAGAAGAGCUGCUCUUGAGAGGACACCAUGUGACCAGGCAAGGGGAAAUGGCCGCUGGUUGGGCUUCAUCAGAGGCCUGUUCCCCUCGUGGUGAGGUGAAGAAACAAGGCAAAACCGAAUAUGGGUUCUUGCUGCCUUCUUCUGAGAAGAUUGAACUAUCCAGCAAAUUGCUGAAGUACUGGGUUCGUUGCUAUGUAACGGCAGACGACCUUUGACUCCGAUGGUUGUUUUAAUGCUCCAUGUUUUAUCUGUAGAUAGAGGGGGGUGCCGGACAGGGGAAGGGG